UUCCCGCCGCCUCUGAAGGUCUGCGCGACGCGGAACAGUGGCGUCUCUAUCUGGCUGCCACCCCCCACCCCCCAAGCUUUCUUCUCCUCCACCACCACUACCUUCUUUUCCUCCCCCUCUAGUCCCCCUCCUUUCCGUCUCUCCUCUCCACCCCCGCCCCCAAUCUCCUCCUCUUUUUCUCACUACAAGCGGUUGCUGAUGCUGAAGCCGAGCGUCACUUCGGCUCCCACGGCAGACAUGGCGACAUUGACAGUGGUCCAGCCGCUCACUCUGGACAGAGAUGUUGCAAGAGCAAUUGAAUUACUGGAAAAACUACAGGAGUCUGGAGAAGUACCAGUGCACAAGCUACAAUCUCUCAAAAAAGUGCUGCAGAGUGAGUUUUGUACUGCUAUUCGAGAGGUGUACCAAUAUAUGCAUGAAACGAUAACUGUCAAUGGCUGUCCCGAAUUCCGAGCCAGGGCCACGGCAAAGGCAACAGUUGCAGCGUUUGCAGCUAGUGAAGGCCAUUCCCACCCUCGGGUAGUUGAACUACCAAAAACUGAUGAAGGCCUUGGCUUCAAUGUGAUGGGAGGAAAGGAGCAAAAUUCCCCCAUUUAUAUCUCUCGCAUCAUCCCUGGAGGAGUGGCCGAAAGACAUGGAGGCCUCAAAAGAGGAGACCAGCUGCUCUCAGUAAAUGGAGUGAGCGUAGAAGGGGAACAUCAUGAGAAGGCCGUGGAACUACUCAAGGCUGCUAAGGACAGUGUGAAGCUGGUGGUCCGGUAUACUCCGAAAGUCCUGGAAGAGAUGGAAGCUCGUUUUGAAAAACUACGAACAGCCAGGCGUCGGCAGCAGCAACAAUUGCUAAUUCAGCAGCAACAACAACAGCAGCAGCAACAAACACAACAGAAUCACAUGUCAUAGGUCCUUGAAGGAAAAUUAUCUGAUCAAACAUCUGAGAGUCACAAAUUUGAAACAGUGCUUCAGAAUCCCAGCACAUAGUAAAAGGAAAAGACAACACCGCUAAUUAUACUUAUCAAGAAGCUGUGAACACGUGGUGUAUAAAUUCUUUACCAAGGCAACUCAGCAUCUUUGUUCUCUGGGCCUGAACCCCUGUUGCUCAUGCACUCUUUACACACCCAGGACUUCUACUCCCAACAGUGGAAAUUCUCAGUGUGUAAAGGGAGAGGUUUCCCAGUCGGCAGACUGAACCAGUAUAAGAAGAAUAAAGUCUGUGACUUUUGAAUAAA